GUCGGCUCACAGUCCCGUUCAUGUGAAGGUCUCGGCAAAGGGCGAGACCAAAGAUUGGCUAGUCAUGCCCUCUUCUUCACUCGGUCAUCUCGGCCGGCUCCUCUUCUUGUCUUUUCUAUUAGGGUUAAUGACGGUGAUCCUGUAUUAUCGCAACAUUCCCUAUUCCAUAACGUCGCACUUGGAGCAGUUCAUGGACUGCGAAUCCUUCGGUGUUACCUUCCUCUUCACUGCCGCGGGCAGCGCCAUAGCACAUUUCCGGGCUAUAUUUUUCAACAGUAAGUCACCUCAAACUGAUCUAUCCCCUAUUGCUUUUCUCCCCUUUUAUUCCUCUCCUUUCCAGCUUUUGCCCAUGUCAACACGUUGCCACGAAUUUCCAAGUCCGAGCUAAGCUAAACCUUUAACUAAAGCCAUCGUCACGAUCUCCCCCUAUUACUGUCUACCCAACUUAAGCUCCACCUCCUCCUCCUCACCAAGAUCUCUCCACAUCUCGCACCCUACGAAUGCCAUAUCCGGCUUCCACGCUGCCCUCCUAUGCCGGCAUCGGUUCCUGCUCCUCGUUUCCCU